UGGAGGAGGAGGAGGGAGAGGCUGAAUCAUUAGGACAGAGAGCUGGAGUGUGUGAGAGGCUUUGCGCUUAAUGUGUGCUUCUCAGGAGAAUGAAUGAUGAGAGGACUCCACUUUCUUCUUCACUGGAGGAUUUUUAAUUGGAUUGUACUUCAGCACUUCCACACUGGAUUGUUUUCCUGUUAUCAACCUCUGUCUGCACAACAGCUGUAUGGUCCAUAACAGUGCAAAUGCAGUGUGUGUCUAUGCUCUCAGCUGCUUGUCUCACCACGCCUGAGGUCUUGCCACAGGGAAGACUUCCGCCUGUCAUCUUCACUGAAGUGUAGUUUCCCAGAACAGGACAUGGUUUCCUGAGUGGCCCUACCACCUACACAUCACAAGGGGUAAAACCAGUCAAUCCUGGGCCAUGACUGCUCUGCUUCCCAACGUCAGUGUUCCCGGGGGUACAGCAGUGCUGCUGCCAACUACAGACAGUCCGUUUAACCUGACUGCAGCUACUCAGGCGGGACUGAGUUCAGGCCAGUCGCUGGCUCCUCUCUGCACCCUCUGCUGCUGUGGAUUUCUUAAUCGUACUUUGGCAGUGGUGUUCAUGGUCAGCCUGGCGUUUGCCAUCGUGGUUGGAAAUGUGGUCACCCUUACUGUCUUUGUGCAAACAAGACAGUCCCGAACACCACAGGGAUACCUGAAAGUGUCUCUGGCCAUAGCAGACAUGAUGGUCGGUGUCCUCGUGGUCCCUUUCUCUGUCUACACUGAGAUCUCUCUGAUGGUGACCAGCACACCUCCUGUUUGGUACCAGGGUAGUUCUUCUUCCCCGGCCACCUCCUCUCCUCUCGGGGGACUGGUGAGCCCGUGGCAGCCCUGCAUGCUGAUUGGCCCCGUGUUUGCUGGAUGCACCUUUGUCUCCAUCAGCACCAUCUUCCUCAUGACACUGGAGCGAAGCGUGGCCAUCCUACGGCCACUCCACAAGGACGCCUUGGUGACCCGGAGACGAACGCUGCUCCUCAUCCUGCUCUCCUGGGCUGCCAGCUUCCUGCUGGCUCUUGCGCCCCUCAUCUUCAGCAGCAACUUCACUCUGGAGUACAAUGAGUGCAGUCGUAUGUGUAACUACACCCCGCUGUUGUUUGGAGGCCAGCUGCCACCUGACGCCAACAUUUUGUUGUUGUUCCCAGCAUUUGACUUCACGCUGCUCGGUGGCACAUUAGCAGUAAACAUUGUGUCUUUCACCAGCAUCCGACGGUACUCCCAAAAACGCAAACUGCUGUCAGAGGGGAGUCUGAGUGACGGAGGGGGAGGAGGAGGAGGAGGGGGAGGAGGGUGCUCUCACAGGCCCUCCUUUUCAGACAUCAAAGCUGCCAAGACAAUUGGCAUACUGACAUUUGCCUUCACAGCAUCCUUCUCUCCCAUCGCAGUGUUUGUGCUCGGGAACGUGGUGGGAUACACCUGGUGUAACUUUUCCUUUUUUGCCUUCUGGAUCCUGACAAGUAACAGUUGCUGUAAUGUCAUCAUCUACAGUGUCAGGGACCACCGCUUCAGGAAGGGUGUGACCCUGCUGUUUCAGCGAGACCAUUCCCCCCCACAUGGCGAGAAGUCCUGAAGGCUAUGUGAUUUUAUCAGCAAUGAGUGCAUGUUCUGUGGCUGCUUUCCAGUACAUUUGAUUUUCAAAAGAAUUUUUGGGAGAUAUGUACAUUCACUUUUUUGCUGAGAGGGUAGACACCACUUCUGUAAAUAUGUAGCUGGAGCCUGGAUCUGGGUAGCUAAGCAUACUAAUUGACAACAGGGGGAUACAGUUAGCCUAGCACCAAUCAUCUGGUGGCGAUAAAGCCUCUGUAGGCAACAGCCAAUAUUUUGGGGGGAGCCGGUGUAGCCAGUGGAUAUCUUAGCCAGGAGUUCUUCCUCAAUGUGCCUGUCAUUGUUUAUUGUUUAGCAAUUUGAGACAGGUCCAGACAACAUUUUGGCUCACCUCUAUUAGCUGCCCCCGACUAAGAAUUUUCCUAGUCGACCAAUUGUCGUCAUUUAGGGCCAGUAGUCGACUCGUCUCCCGCAUGUCUACAAUAUUAUUUUAAUUAUAAAUUAUAUAUUUUAGGCCUAUAUUUUAUCUACAAGUGCACGUCACACACUGAGCGAGCCGCCUGUUAAUGACGCUGUCGGCAAAGCAGUAAUGACUGUGCUAAGUGGCUAAUUCAAAUUAAAUUCACACAUGGUCCAGUCAUAAAGGUUUUGAUUUAUUUUGACAUUUAAAAAAAAUUCUGCAACUAAGCGACCGAUGAAAUCUUGGGCCAGGCUACCUUGCUUCCCCCUGCUUCCAGUCUUCAUGCUAAGCUAAGUUAACCAUUUCCUGGCUAGAGCGUCAUAUUUACCACAUUAACACUCCAUCCAUGAGAGUGGUGUCGAUCUUCUCAUCUAACUCUUGGCAACAAAGUGCAUGUCCCAGCUGUCAAAUUAUUAUUAUUAUUUGCAUUUAUUUGCUACUGAGGACUGUAAAUGGAAGCCAGAUUCAAAAUCUUUAACCUCCAUCUUAAUUUGUCUUUGUACAAUUUGACGCCUUCCUCUAUCGCUAAACCUCUUUCCUGAAGCUUUACAUACUGUAAGAGGGCUUUUAUGAGUCUUUCUAUAACUUCAGGAACUAAACCUACUGUAUCUCCAGGAGCAGCACUGACGACCACAAUAACAGUUUAAGGUUUUUUAUGUAUUCAUUUAAAAGGAGUGUUGUGUGUGUGUUUAGAAAUCUUGCCACUGCCUCCUCUCUGGGCAACAGCUCAUAUCAUAGAUUUGAUUCUGUUGUGGUGUAUACAUUUAUUUUUAAGCAUCUAAUUUCAAUCUAUUGUAAUAAUAAUCUGCCUCAAGUAACAGACAUGCACUUUAUCAGUUAUGGUGUGAGACAUUUGACGUUUAUUUUUAGAGUUUUAUAAUAUUGGUUAUUUCUGUUGACGCAAAUGUGAAUGAAAGAAUGAUCUGUAUAUUUAUUAAAUCAGUCUAGACUAAAUGAAUGGGACGCCAACCACAGAGAUUUAGAAUAAAAAGCAUUAUCAUUAUAGCAGACCCUCAUACUGUGCCGGCCUGUCUUUUCAGGGUAUAAUGUACUUGUAACAUAGAAGGAUCUCACCAGUGUGUCAGCUAAAAGUCUUGUGUAUUGUUUGGAAUUCUGUAUUGUACAAUUUGACAAUAAAAUAAUAUAUAUAAAAGAGGUUAAACAGCAUUUUGCAGGAUAAAAUGGCUAUAUUCUCAUUCAUGAUAAAUUGCUGCAUUUGUGCUUGUUAUUCUGUCACUGACAGGAAACAACUCAGCAACAGAACAAAACAGGAACAAAAACAGGAAACUAAUAAACACAACAAAGAAGGUUUUUUUCUUGCCAUUAAUUGCUCUAAACUGUUUGCAGACUUAUGUUGUAAAUCUGCAAACAUUAUUCCUACAGUUCAAUCAAAACGACAGUAAAAGAAAAAAAGAUGUUCCAUUUACCGUGAAGUGCCCAUUAACAGAACAGUUUCACAUUUUGGAAAAUAUAUGCUUAUUUACUUUCUGCCUGUUAAAUAUAUAGCUAAUGUCAGGGAACAAUUAGCUUAGCUUAACAUAAAGACUGCAAACAGAAAAAUUAAAUCAACCUCCCAACAAAUAUAAAGCUCACUUAACAAGUCAUAUCUCAUUUGUACAUUGCAGUAACAUCCUUGAAGUCUAAGAGAUACCCUGGCACAUAAAUAUUAUUUUUACACUUUGGUUUUUCAUACAGAUUGCACAAACAAAAUAUGUUUUUAUUAGUGAGCUUUAAAAGGUGCUGCUAGGCAGAUUCUGUGAUCUUUAGACAGAGCCAGGCUGGCUGUUUCCUGUUUCCAGUCUUUAUGCUAAGCUAAGCUAAACAUUUCCUGACUGCAGCCUCCAAUGACUGGAUAUAAAGAUGGAUAACGAGUCUCUACUUCCUCUCAUUGUAUAAAAGUGGAGCCAAAACUAAAUAAGGUAGCUGCCAUGUUAUACUCGUGACAUCACUUGAAGCCAUAAGCAGGAUUUAUACCUGUGUGUCGGCCCCAUGUCAUAGCCGAUGCUGUGAGCUUUCAUACUUGUGCGAUGGUGUGUCAGUGUCACUCUGCAGUUACACCUCCAAAACACUAGUUGGCGGCGGAGGUUUCUGUGAAGUGCUGUAAAGUUUAGUUGAUUCAAAACACACAUUAAACAUGGCUUAAUAGCAACAAUUUCAAACACAAGUACAUAAAUUGGCUUCAUAACUCGCAGCAUUCACAGACAAACACUUGUCUUUAUCUGGACACAUUUCUGAGCACACUGAUUGGUACACACAGCUGUUAAUCAUAAUUUCAAACCCUCUUUAUUGCAUCAAAUAACUUAAAAGCAAACUUACCAGACAAAUAAACACUUGAACACACAUCAGAGUGAUAAGAGCUACCUAAAAUGAAAGAAACCAUCUUUGGGAAAAGUUUAUUUGACGCGUACUUUGAUCUUUCAGUAUGGCCCAUGUCCCAUCUGCUAACAUAGAGAGGGGGAGGAGUUUAUGACCCAUACUGCAGUCAGCCACCAGGGGGCAAUUAAGGCAUUUUGGCUUCACUUUUAGGAGCUGACAUGUCAUCCAUCUUUACAUACAGUCUGUGGUAACUUUGUAUGAAUACAACAGUGGUAUCAAACUUAUCACCCAACUCCUAGCAAGAAUGUAAGUAAGCACAUUUCCCUACUUGUCAAACUGUUCUUUUAAAGCCAGCUGAUUGACAAUCCAGUGCAUGUUCAUGGAAGCAUGUUUUAAUGUUUUAGGGUGCUGUGAUGUUCUGCAAACAAACAUCAGGGAAUUUAAUGUUCAACAAAAAGAAAACAAGUAUAUGUUAACUUGUCAUGUGCGAACGUCACUGAAUGAAUGAGUAUCUUACAUGUACAAACUUGCAGUCAUUUUUGCUUUUUCCAGCAAAAACUGUCAUUAUUUUUCUAGUUUAAAAAUCUGUCACAAUCAUGGAAAAGUUUGAUAUCUCCAGCGUUCUAAUCAUUGUUGGUUCUGUGUAAGAAAACAAGUGAUUAUUAUUGUGCUGAUAUUGAAUCACUGUACAGAGUUGUAUCAGUAGUGCAUUAUUCAUCAGUGGUGGUUGCAUCAGAUUUGGUAAUAAUAAAUGUGUUUGGGAACA